AUGAAACAUUGUUCUAAGCUCAUUUAUUUCUUUUUAAAUAUUGGAUAUAACAAAGAAAGAAGAAAAACAAAAAUAGAUUAUGGCAAUAUGGGUAUGAUUGUCUUUUAUUUUAUUUAAUUGCUUGGUUACGUUUAUAAUUAAUUUGAAGGCAAAUAAAUUUAGUUUUAUGAAAAUGAUUAUUUAGCUCUAAUAGCUUAAUAUUCCUCAAUUACUUUUAUGAUUACAUCUAUAUAUUACGAUCCAAUUACAAAAUUUGCUUAUUAUUGUAUUUUUUUGAUCAUAUGUUUAAUAUACAUCCUAGUCAUAUUCUAAAUAUUAUUUAAGGUAUUAUGAUGAUUUUUAUAUAGCCAUUUUCUACAAAUAAUUUAGUUAAUAAAUUUAUAAGUUUUUAUUUUAAGAAUUUUUAAUGGUAUUUUUUAACACCUUUUCAUGAAUGCAUAAUUGGAAUUACAACUUGUGGUACUUUAGCAUAUUUAGCAGAAUAUAGUAAUUUUAAUCCUUUACAAUGUUUUUCAUUAAUUUCACCUCAUUUUAUAUUGAUAACUAUCAUAAGCUAAUUACUAAUAAUUCUUACCGGUUUUUUAUCUUCAUAUUGUUAUAGAAAUUAUGAAUUUAUGUAAGGAGAUUUGAUGAGAAAAUUUAGUUACUUUAACUUUAUAACCUUCUUAUUACAUAUGGCUUUAUAGAUAUCUUCUUAUUGGAGAGAAAUGUAUGACCAUUAAAAGAUUAUAACUCAUUUAAUUCUAAAUAUCUUAAUAAUACUAUUAAUUUUUGAUACAUAUAAAAAUAUUCCUUUUGGUUUUAAAUAAGAAACUAUCUUUUUCAAUAGUUGUUUGUAGUGUGCAUGGUUUUUUGAAAUUUUAGUAGCUUUAUGGAUAUUUUCUGAUUUAAAUGAUGGUCAUAUAUUUUUGACAUUUUGCAUUUCAAUUCCUGUAUUAUUUUUAUUUAUAAUAGUUGAUAUUUACAAUCAAUUAAGAACUCUAUAAUAAUUAUUUUGAUAAAUCAUGUUAAUUAUUUUUUAAAUGUAAGACUAAUAAAAUAAGUGAACAUCCAUUAGAAUUUAUAUUUUAAUUAUGUCAUCAAGAAAGUAUUGAUUAAAGUGAUUAUUAUUUAAUACUAAAAUAUUUAGGGAUUCAUUGUUAAAAUUGUUGCGAUUUUACAUGUCCUUGUAAAUAAAAAUUAAAUAAAUUUAUAUUAGGAACAAAUAAAUUAAAUAUACAAGUUAUUUUUAUUUGGGUACAACAUUAAUUUUAAAAAAUGAUAAAAUCAAUUAUGUAAGAUUAGAAUUAAUUUUCAUAUUUUGAAUAAAUUACAAUAAAAUUUGUAACUUUCUUAUAAAAAUAUAGAGAAAACUCUGUUUUAUCAUAUAAAAUAAUUUAAGAUGUUGUUUACACUUUUAAAAAAAUGAAUUAAGUAAAUAAACCUUUAUUCUUUUAAAAUUUAACUAAAUUAAUUUAAAAUUUAAAUAAAACUGAGAUUGAAAAUAGUAAUAGGCUAGGAAUAUAAAUAGAAUUGUAAGAAUUUAGAAGUUUAUAAGACUUCAAUUUAUUUUAUCAUUAUGAAGAUAAAAUUAUUAAAUUAUUGCUUAAUUUACUAGUUUGUAAUAAAUCUUUAUGGUAGUAAAGUAUAAAUUAAUCUAUUUCAGAUGAUAAUAUUAUAAAAUUUUCAAAAUAAAUAAGAGUAAGAACUGAAAUGGUGAAAAAAGAAUUCAUAAACUUUCAAUCUUAAAGAGAAACUCCAGCUAUUGAUUCUAUUUUAGUUCUUAGAAUAAAAUUAGUAGUUUCAUUAAUUUGUAAAGAAGAUAUAAAUAGUUGUUUAAAGAUAGCCCAAUAAAUUGAGAGUUUAGUUUAGGAAUAAACUAAUUCAAAAAGUUUUUUCAAUAUCUUAUAAUUUAUAAAUGGUUAAGCAUUAUCAAUUGUUUCAAAUGCUUAAUCUUAAUCUCUAGGUUUUAUAAAUUAAAAAGUAAAUGAUUAAUUUUAUGAGUAUUUUGGUUAUAAAAAUCAAUAUACACCUUUAACUUAAAUAGAAUAAUUAUUGCCUAAUAAAUUAGGAAGAAUUCAUAAUGGUCUAGUUGAAGCUUUUUUAUUAAAAGGAAGAACUAAAAGAUUAUAUGCAAAUUCAGAAUAAUUUAUUUUAAAUGCUGAUAAUUUAAUUGAAAAAGUCAACAUAUGUCUAACUGCUUUCCUUCCAUAAUCUAGUGAUUUAUAUUAAUUUUUAAUUAUUGGACAUUUAUUGAAAAUUACUAAGUACUAAAAUUAAGAAAUUGAUUAUUUUAGAAAAGGGUAUAUUUUAGUAGAUUCUGAUUUUUUAAUUUUUGGAAUAACAAGAAAUAUAUAUGAAAGAAUUAAUUAUAAAUAUUUCUACAAAAAUAAUGAAAAUUUAGAGUUAAUUUAACCAGAUGAUAUUUAUUAAGUUUUUACUAUAUAAGAAUUAAUACCAUCUAUAUCUUUUAUUUUAGAAGAAUAUUAUAGAUUAUUGACAAUAAAAAAUUAAAAAAGAUUGAUACAUUAGGAUAUAAUUUGUUAACGUGAAAUAGGAGUACUUUCUGUUCCAUCUUCAAAAUAAAAUCAUAAUAUAGCAACUUUAUCAUUUUAGACAAAAAAAUAUACAAAUAAAAUAAUGUUGAAUAAUUUAAAAGAUAUUGAUACUUAUAUUUAAAAGAUUAAAACAUAAAAUUCUAAACUAUUUCCUAUUGAAUUUAGUGUAGUUUAAAAAGUUUUGUAUUAUAUAGAAAAUCAUACAACUUAUGAAUUUGUUUAUUUUGUAAUAGAAAUUAAUUUUUUGGAAGAUCCAAAAUUAAAUAAAUUAACAUUUUAUUAAGAUGCAAAAACUCCACUUUUUUUAGAAAUAACAAGAAGAUAAUAAUAAUAACUUAAUGAUACAAAUAGACAUUAUUAAAAUGAUAUAAUUUGUUCAAAUGAUGAAGAUGAAAUGAAUGAAUUUAUAGGAUAAGAAGCAGAAUUUACAAAUACUGCUACAAUGAAUAGUUCAAAUGAAAUGGAUAAAUAAUUAGAGAAAAUUAUUGUUUACAUGAAUGAUAAAGUUUUACCAAAAUCUAUCAAGAUUUUAAUUGCUUAAUUUAUCAUUCAAAUUUUAGUAUUAAUAAUUUUUAUAAUUUUAAUAUCAAAUAUUUAUUAGAAUAAGAGAAAUCUUUAAUCAGAUUGUAUUUAUAGAAGCACAGCUGAUUUGAACUUUUUAGAUGCAUAUAGUUAAACUAUGUCAGGAUCUAGACAUGUAAUUUAUUAUAGAGAUUUUUAUACUUUAUAAGAAGAUACUUUAAUCUCUAUAAAUAAUGAUUAAAUAAAUUUCAGUAGAUAAGAUAAAAUUUAUAUAUCUUGGUAGCAUAUAGCAAAAGGAAGUAUUAGACUUAUCGAAAUGUAUCCUGAUUAUAAAAAAAUUGCUUAGUAAAGUGAAACUAAAUUAAUGACCUUUUAUUUUAUUAACUUUGAUUUGAAAAGCAAAAUCUCUUAAAUAGUUUAAGAUUAUUUUACUUAUUAUCAAAUUAUGCAUCAAAUUUUCUUCUUUUCAUAUAACUCAUUUGCAUCGUCACCUUAAACCUAUUAAUAAGAGAGAAAUGAUACAUAUAUGACAUAAAUAGCAAGAUCAUAAGUUUAUUAUAAUUUUUUUGAUGUAAGUGAAAGUGUUAAUAUUACACUUGAAGAUUGUCAUAUUUUUAAUACAGAGAUGAAUAAUUAUUUUGAUUAAAUAGUCAACUAUUAUUUUUUUGGAUUUUAUUCAAUUAUUAUAUUUCAAUUAGCAGCUUUAAUUAUUUAUUAUCUCAAAGUAGUUCGAACUUUCAAAUUUUAUUUGAAAUUAUUUAAAAUGUGUGAUAAAGAUGAUUGUAUUCAAAUCUUAAAUUAAUGUGAUUUUUAUAUAAGCAUUUUAUCCUAAAACAGAAUUUUCUUAAGAUUAAAAAAUUUCGAGUUAUUAUUAAAUUGCCCAAAAUAAAUAUUAGAUGAUGUUAGAAAAAGUUUAAAUCAAACUACAGUAAUUAAUAUUCAAAAAAAGUAAAUAAAAUUUAGACAUAUUUAACAGAAUUCUAAUUAUUCAAAUUAUUGCUCAAUUUUGAUGAUUAUAUUAGUUUAAUUAAUUAUUGCUGCAUAUGUGUUAGCUUUUCAUUUACAUUAUCAUCAAAUAAAGAAUUCUAUAGGACCUAUAAGUAAUAGAGCAAUUUUAGCUUAAGAACAGAGAUUGAAUUUUAUUGUUGCUACUAGUAGAUUUGAUUUAUUCUUAAUAAAAGAAUAUUUUGAAACUUAUGCAAUAAUUAAUAAAUUUGAUCCAGAUCAUUAACUAAUGACCAGAAAUAUCGAAACAGAUACAUUAAUACUUAAUUUAUUAUCUAUAAAUAAUGAAUUAAUUUAAGAAGAUAUUAUUAGAUUAAGAUUGAUAGAUUUUACAAGUUUAAUAUUACAUAAUGAAUAUUAAAAUUCAGAAAUCAAUGAUUAAUAAUAAGUAUAACUUUUAGGAUAAGAUGUAUGUCUUUUAACUGGUUGUGACAUGUAAAAUUAAUUGUUAUUUGAUAAAUUGUAUUCAAAUAAAUUAGUACCAUAUUUUUAGACAGGAAUAGUUAAUUUUCAUAAGAAAGUAUUAACAUUUGUAGAAGAUACUGCUUCAUUAAUUUUAAAACAAUAAACUUAAUUAGAAAAAGCUCAGACAAUUGAGUAAAUUCUUAAUGAUAGUGAAUAUCUUAUUUAUAUAUUAUGGGGAAUAGAUAUUAUCUAAUUUUAAAUUGCGUAAUUUAGUCAAUACUUUUUAGAUAUAUCUUCAUAAACAAUAGAUAUAUUAACAAAGAAUAACUAAAUUAUUAUUAUUUUAGUUGGAAUUUUAAUUGGUAUCUUUGUUUUAAUAUUUUAAAUAUUAUUUACAUAUUACUAAUACAAUCGAUAUGGACUUUCUAAAGCAAUUAUUAAAUCAAUUUCUAUUCCAAUCUUAUUUUAAAGAAAUAUUCCAAAAUAUCUAGAAUCAUUUGGAAGAAAAUAUGAACAAUGA